CCUUCAUAGUCGCCAAGGCAUAGGUAUAUUACGUUCUUGCCUAUUAGGCGGGCUGUCCUACUCCCAAGCCUCUAAAUGUGGCAACCCAUUAGCCAUCGAUCUUACCACAGAGGCAUGCUGUCACCUUAACAUGAAGCCAUAACCAUGUUGGAUGUACUAUUUUCCUCUUGACGUCCUGGGAAGUGGCGCACGAUUCUCCUGCGUGAGGCCUUUUUGCUGUCCGAGGCGCCAUGCCUCCAAGGCAGCGUACAACCGCAACUGAGCCAGUGCCACAAGUUGUGGCUAGUAAACUGGCAGAGCUUCAGGCUCGUGGCAUCGUCGCCCCGCUUUCAACGGCAGCUUCUGACCGAAACUCGACGACCAUUUUACGCCCGGCUGCAAAAGCCAUUGGAGUGGUUAUCCCGGCUUACCUUAGCAUUGAGGAGCUAUGUGUAAAGUCAGGCAUCAAUGCCCUUCGGGAGGUGGCCUUGCCUCUGGUCCCCAUUCCACUGCCUUCCAAGAUGCAAGUGGCUAUGGUGGCCGCACAACACGAACUAACCGCUGACACCAACAUCGGCGGAGCUACCAGCAACGGGGAUGCCGCCGUCGCCCCACCUGCCGACAGCGCGCUUCCGGCUAAGCUCCAACCCCGACACGAGGCUUCGAAGCAUGGAGGCGACCGGGUCACCGCACCUCCGACCGCUGAUCCCGCCACUGUGGCAGCGGCGGCGGAGGCCGCGGUGGCGGCGAUAAUGGGGUUAAAACGUGAUGUACCCCGCAUGCAAGGCGCGGAUCCGCAGUCCGCAGGCGGCACUGCUGCCCCGCAAAUGCCACCGCGAGCGCCGCCGCCUGGCUUCAGCACGGCUCCUUCACCAAGUGGCGCAGCAGGCUUGCCCCAGCAAGCCAAAGCAGGUCCGCCUACGUCGGUCAGAAGCGCUGGCGGCGCGAUAACGGCUUUCGCUCCGGAGGGGCGGCCGGGAGCUCCGGCGGAUCCUCAGGCGCCCCGCCCCAGUAGUGUCCCGAUGCGUCCGCCUCCGACCUUGGGCGCCGUAGCUGUCCCGAGCAGCAGCAAUGGCGGCGGUGCGCAGCUACCACCCCCGACACCGCCUAACCCGCCGCCGCAGGUGCCCGCUGGCGCGUCAAACACCCCUCCACCCGCGCCCGCUUCCAGCACUGUUGCAGCGUCGCAGGCGCGGUACUCGGUGCCUCCACUGGUCGACGUGUCGCAGCAAAAGGCCGCGUCUCAAACCCGGCACGCGCACUCGCUACCAGGUGCCACGGCUCCGCAAUCUUUCCCACCUGCCAGGGCUGCUCAGCCGACAGAACACCAAUCCCUUGGCGGCAUCAUGCCACCACCGUUUUACAUGACAACACAGCAAGAGCUGCCAUCCUAUCCGUCCGGACCGUACGCUUGGCAGUAUAACCAGUACAACCCGUACGCCAUGCAGGCCUCCCAGCUGUAUCAGGCGCAAAUUCACCAGAGCGCUUGGUUCCCCCAGCCCCAGUAUCCAUCCUACGAUUUACAGCAAGGGGAAGUGGGUCACCUGCGGCAAUCGGCUCAGGUGCAACAGGGCCCGCAGGCGCCGCCGCCGCAGCAGCCAGCCGGGCCUCCUCGACCAGCACUGCUGCCGCCGUCAUUGGCGCCCGUCAGCCUCAUGUUCGGGCCCCCAAGGGGCCAUGCAAUCUUGGCUGCGCUUCGCCGCGCGCUGAUCGCUGCCUUCACCCGCCAACCGGAGCUGUUCCGCUCAAUCUUCGGUUUUGACCUCCAGUGGUGGAGCCGCACACGCGGAAAGCCGCUCGGCGAGGACGACCUGCUGACAGUCAUUCCCUGGAGCGACUACGCCACCGUGUUGGUCCGGGGCGACCCGGGUGCCGCGCCCGCCCUGUCCGGGCCCUCACGUCCCGGCCGCCGGCGCCGGCGCCUGCUGCUGAACCAGGUGCUCAGCGGGCUGCUGGGGCGCCGGGUGUACGGCAACGCGCUGCUGUUGCGGCUGCGGCUGGAAUUCGGGGCUGGCGACUCCGCUGUGGGGCCUGUGGUCGGCAGCAUCAGCGGCGGCAGCACCGCAGAUGUCCCCGGCAGCGGCGAGUGCGACCACCUGCUGUGUGCGCCGCUGAACGCCGUGGGGCUGCGGGAGUUGAUGCUCAGGGCAGAGACGUUGGCAUGGCACGUCGGGCAUUGCAGUGCCGCCCUCAAGGGUAUGAACCUGACGCCGGAGGCCCAGGUGGGUUGGCUGGCUAGGCUGCCGCGCACUCCGUUGGAUGAGCGCGGCGACCCUGACGUGGCGGCGGCGCUGCAGCUGGCGGCAGAUGCGGCGGGGCUGCCGCCGCUGCCGCCCGCGCGGGCGGCGGCGCUGGUCGCGGCUGCUGGCGCCGCGGCAAAUGAAGACGAUGACAAUGAUACCACGGAUUCUGAAAGCGAGGAGGACAGCAUUGGGGAAGAAACGAGCGACCGAGGCGGACGGACACAGGCGAAGCGACCGGGCCGGGGCGGUGGCAAGGAAGGGGAAGCGAAUGCUCCUGCAGGUGCAGCGGGGUCACUGGCGGGGGUGGAUGGCGGCGGCGCAGGCGCUGUGCCGGCGGCCCUGGCGCCGCUACUGCGCUGUGUGCGGUGCAGCAGCCCCUGGUGCAACCCCGCGGCGGCCAGCGGUAGGCGAGCCGGCGGCGGACGCAGGAGCUGCCCGUUCGGGCACGUCUGGAGGAGUUUGGACCUGGACACAUCCGGCACGGCCCCGACUCCCAUCCUCAACGCAGCCCGCCCUGCCGUGCUUGGGCCCGCUUCCCUCACAUCCAGCCUCUCCACGACGACCCAUGGGUCGGGAGGCCUUGGAUCGGGUGCAGCAGCUGGCAGGGCACUGCAGCCCUCCGCCUGCGCCUCCCUCGUGGCCUACCUGGGCGACCCCUCGCUGUGGAGCCCGGGGCUCAUGGAGCUGGUGGCGGCGGCGGUGGAGGGCAGCGUGGACGAAGCGGCGGCAGCCCUGGCGGCGGAGGCAGCCACGGAGGCACUCACGGGUCUGGCGGUAGGUCAAGCCAACGCGGAGGACAGCCGCCAGUCGCCACAGACAGCGGCGGUUGCUUCCAGCGAGGAAGGCGGAGAGUGUGAGGACGGAGGCAGAGAGGGCUCACGGUUAGCCGACACGGAGGCGAAGGUGGCGGUGGGGGUAACGGAGCAAAGUAGCUCUGAGCGCCGGGAGCUGGAUGAGGCGGAUGCUGCCCGAGAGGCUAUGUACGCUGCUGCUGCGGCCGCUGUACAACCGAAUAGGUGGCCUUACUACCUGAGCUACUGCCAGAUGGGAGCCCAGUGUCCUAACUGCCACAGCUGCCAUGAGCUGCAGCUAGCGGCGGUGGCGCAGCGGCUGCGAAACAGGACACGUCCAAGUAGUGCCCGGACGUCUCUAGCACCAGGCAGCGCAGCAGCAGCUGCGGCUGAGGACGGCAGCCGCCCGGGUUUUAGGGCGCUGGCGGAGCUGGAUGGGGACCCGUACGACAUUGAGUUGCAGAUUGCGGAGCUGCAGGCCAAGGCGCUCCGGCGUAAGCAGCAGGCGAGCAGGAAGGCGGCUGCCCGCCUGCCGAAUGGAGCCGCUGCUGCCGGUGGAGCAGAGCCGGCGGAGGGAGCAGCAGCGGUACACACUGCCAGAGUCAACGCUGCGCCUCAACCCGAAGUCGGUGCUGUAGUGGCUAUUGUUGCUGGGGCUGCGCCAGCUGGGGGGC